AACUAUAUAGUUCUCAUGCUUACUGAAACUUUAAAUGACAGCACCUUCAAGAAGAAGGCUCCUAAGGCCAUCAAGGAGAUAAGGAAGUUUGCAGAGAAAGCAAUGGGAACGAAGGACGUCAGGGUGGAUGUGAAACUGAACAAGCAUAUCUGGAGCAGAGGAAUUCGAAGUGUUCCAAGGAGAAUUAGGGUUCGUAUUGCACGCAAGAGGAACGAUGAUGAAGAUGCAAAGGAAGAACUGUAUUCGCUUGUUACCGUUGCAGAAAUCCCAGCAGAAGGUUUGAAAGGAUUGGGUACUAAGGUCAUCGAUGAAGAAGAUUGAUUUCACAUACCCAUUUGCCUCUUUAUCAGUUAUUUCCUUUUGGCAACAUUUUUGGUAAAAGACUUGAGUUCUUCAUUGUCCCAUCCUUCGGUACAUUUCUUUAUUUUACUUCGAAUCCUAGCGGAAUCAGCUUUUUUUUUUUCUUUUCUUUUUAUAAUUUAUAGUUGUGCUUGCAAUGGUUAUCGUUGUAGUAUCAAUUUUACCUUUCACUAUUGAACUUGCUUCUCUUUUAAGGA